GGUUCAAGGUUGACGAAGGCCUUUGCUGAAGUGUUGGAUGCCUGCAGUUUUGGUGACGAGGUGGUUUACCAAUGUCACAAUAUUAUUGUUUUUCUGUAAAAGCUGAGUUCGUUUUGGUGAAUUUUUGAACGGUCCCUCCUCAGCGCACGGAUGUAUUAUGCAUAGUCGGCCUUAUAGUUUUCAGGAACUAUAAUAUGCACGGUGUGAAAACAACACGACAUUUCAGUUUGUUGUGAAUGAUAUUGGAGAUCCAGAUGAUUACAUCUCGUCGCUCCACUGCCUCCCUGCUAGAUAAAUACCUAAAUUUAAAACAUCGGCAGAUCUGUUUUAAGUGCGACGUUGUCCAACGUUGCCUCAGCCCAAAGAUUGAAUAAAUUUGUGUGGUACAUCGGAGCAACCACAGAGCACGGGAGCAACUCGGACUGAUAAGCCCGGCUGGAUUUACUGAUGUUUGCUGGUCCACGAUCGAGGAAAGGGCUGAUGUUGUAGACACCAUGGAAAUUGAAAAGGUAGCAGCCCACAAUGCAGAUGCCUACAAUCCGGGAAGAGGUUCAGCCCAAAAACGAAAGAGGGACAAAGCACAAGAGCAACUGCGACACCGGAUGAGAAGACGGAACAAUGGUACCUCUUCCUCAAUGGUUUCAUCCAGACUGAAGAACUCCUCCCACAGCGGCAUGGGUGAAACCACUCAAGUACAAGGGGUGAAAACCGUGUGGCACACCAUAAAGAACAACUCAAAAGACGAAUGGCAAACCCAGGAAGCUCGUUAUAGUGCCCUCGCCCACCCAGAUAGGGUGACUGGUGGUGAAAAGAAGGCCAGGCAUGAGGUUGUACCAUUAGGGGAGCUGGUGGACAGGGUGAUGCAAAGAAGAGGUCACAUGAAAGACACGUCCCCUAUGACCAUCAGAGCCAUCAAACCCCCUGCACCACCGUAUGCGAUUCAACAGCCUUCUCUUAUCAGAAAAAUGGUACAUGUACAGCAGCCCAUCACCAAAAGAAAGCCCAAAAGUAGUGGACCAUAUGUUGUCGUCCUGAAACGAGACAUCUCAACUAAGAGCUCAGAUCCAGCCAUGAAUACCGGGUCAAAAGCUCUACCUCCAAUCAAACAGCAGAACAACUCAGAGGAUGUGGAGAUGGGGACAUGGAGACCAGAGCUUGAGACGAACCACAAACCCUACAUUCACCCAAAUGCAGAGGACAGGUCUGUGACAAACUAUCGGCUACAGAUGCAGCAAGCUAUUAAGAUAGCGGAGCUCAGAGGUGAUUUCACCACCAGUACUAAACCAAUGCACAAACAUGCACCUCUCCCUGCCAUCCAGGUCUCGUAUGAAGUAGAUGAGGAUCAGCCUCUAGAGACAAGUGUUAAGGUGGAACUUGACGUCGAUGCUACAACGGCAACAGAGGAACCGAUAAUUGUUGAACAGAAAGAAAAACAGGUGGAUAACCAGGAAAGUGUGAAGAUUGUAACCAAGGACUCAAACGUAUUAAAUCCCAACAGAUUUACAUCAAGCAAAGAGGUACUGACACAAAUGCAGGCACGGAAGCAAGCAAAGAGGAGGAAAAUCAAAGGGGAUGAUUUCAAGAAUCCGUUGAGAACUCGCAACAGGUACACUGCAAAGUCUAAACAGUUCAAAGCAGACAUAAACAAGGAACGGGAGCUGUCAAUGAUCCAGGAGGACCAGUCUUCGAUAAGUGACAGGCUGAGCAGAUUGUCUGCUGGGAGAACUAGUGUAGCCUCCUUCCGGAGUGUUGCUUCUCUCAAACGAAUUGAAGAAACUGAGGUACCAGGUGAUCGUACAACACGACCCCAAGCUGGUAGAAGUAGAGGUUUAAACAUCACUGAGACACCAACUAGAGGAGAUGAAUAUGAUACACAACCAUCAGCCGAAGAAGAUGAAAAUGAAAACAGUGACCAUGAGAGAGGUCUUAGUCCUACUGAGUACUCAUCUGAACAUUGCUCCAGCAACAAUAACAUUCAUGAUGCUAAACAUAAUAGUGAAACCAAGUCUGAAUCUGAACCUAGCAAGACCGACACAAUCAUAACAGACACUGAUAAACCCUCAACAAUGUCAAAAGAUGAAAGUAUUUGUCAGACUAGCUCUGUUGUUGUCCAAACGUCCUCUGAAAAAGAUCAAAAUAUGGUUUGGAUUCCUGGUAAAGGCAGCCCCUCACCAGACAGUUUCACGGACUCUGAAACGGAAGCCAGCAAUGAUGACCCAUCAACAUUUUCACAAAAUAAUAACGGUGAGUUUCAUAACUCAGACAGAACAGAUGAUUCUCUAGAGGGAGACUCAAAUAAGUCAAAUCGUACCAGUGAGAAUCCUGACAAAUCAGAGGAUGACUCGCUCGUUGUUAUGGACACUAUAAAGCAGCAAUCUGUAGAUCGGUUUAGAGAGGCAGACAGUCACCAGGGUAUCCCAGCUCUGGAGACCUUCGAUAGGAGAGACGUGAUCUUGCCGGCAGAGACUGUUCAAUAGGGGGAGGUCUUUUAUUUAUCUUAAUAGUGGCUGAUUCUUAUACAUGUACAUGUUUAGCGCAAAUUCAUUUGCACUCAGUGACGCUCAAGGCGCUUCAACAUUCACUAUUAUCCUGGUUUUGUUUGAGGAAGUUCACAUCAACUGCAACUUUCCCCACCCCAUCUAAAUCCAACAGCAUGAUUUGUUUGAUUCUGUUUGAAUGAGGAUUGCGAUCUAAACUGAUGACCCUUUCCAUGAGACCAGACUAUAAUUCGGGGCAGUCAUGGAAGUGCGCAUUUAAGUUGGUUGGAAAAAUAGCAUAUGCACUACCUUUUAGAGCAAAUUCACAGAUUAUAUCAGGGUAGAGAUUGUUCAGACUUCUCAAGUGCUUUGGAUACUGUUUCCUAAAGCUCCUUGGAAUCUAUAACCCCAGGGGUUACC